UGGAAUGUGGCAGAGGUGUGGAACUUUUAACUUCUAACAGGGUGUGGAGGAGAUAGAGGUUCAGGAAGGGAGUUAACCCUCCAUGUCAUUGCUCCUCACCUGGAUAGGGAGCGUGUGCAGGCGCUGACGUUUAAGGAGGGAUCAAGUCACUGCAUACAAAGUCUCAGUCAGUUACUCGGAAUCUCUUUAUCACGCACGCACGCACGCACGUUUGAGUCCCUAAGUUUAUGGGCAAUUCAGUCAAUAUUUGACCGGAGCACACUGUACAGGAGGGAAGAAGCAGAACCUUCUUUUUUUUUGAUACUAGGAGUUGCAGAUUUUACUUUUCGACUGCAGGUGGAAAGACAUUUUUUCUCCCAAACUGUUGGAUCACAGAUGCCAAAGCGGAUUUAGUGCAAGUCCCACUACCAUCAUUAAUUGUUGUUGGACUUUUGAACUCAGUCUGGUGUGGGAUCAGGAACAGGUGCAGGAAGGCGAUGGGGAGAUGGACGUUACAUCUCUCGGUGGGCCUUGGACUUUUGCUCAUUCUCGUGAGCUACACUCACGCUGAAGCCAACUAUUGCUAUGCCACCAGGUCCAAAACCUGCUCGGAAUGUUUGCAGGCAGGAAAAGGGUGCGCCUACUGUCCUGAUGAGACCUUUAAUGGACCUCGCUGCGACCUGUACGAAAACAUUCUGGCUCACGGCUGCAGCGCUGCGGCCGUGAUCACGGCCAAAAGCCGCAUGAGGAUCGAAAGGGAAGAACAGAUCAACGUCCGAAUGGCCCAGUCGCAGGUGUCCCCGCAGCAGAUGAGUAUGUCACUGCUACCAGGGGAAGAGAAGAUGGUGGACAUGGAAGUCUUUGCUCCAACCAAAGGCCCCCUGGAUCUUUAUAUUCUUAUGGACUUCUCCAACUCCAUGGAAGACGAUUUGGAUAACUUGAAGAGGAUGGGUCAGGAGCUGGCGUCACUGGUGAAGAAGCUAUCAGAUGACUACACCAUCGGAUUUGGAAAGUUUGUGGACAAAGUUAUUGAGCCCCAAACGGACAUGAGACCCACUAAACUUGACCAACCAUGGCCCAACAGUGACCCUCCCUUCUCUUUUGAAAACGUCAUCAAGCUGACCAACGACUUGAACUUCUUCACCAGCGAGCUUCAAAAGGAAAGAAUCUCCGGCAACCUGGACGCUCCUGAGGGAGGUUUUGAUGCCAUACUGCAAGCGGCAGUCUGCACGGAUAAUAUCGGUUGGCGUGAGCAGAGCACGCAUCUGUUGGUUUUCUCCACCGAGUCGGCCUUCCACUACGAGGCGGACGGCGCCAACGUGCUGUCGGGCAUCCUGCCCCGCAACGACGAGAAAUGCCACCUGGACGGCGAAGGCAAAUACACAGAAGCUACCAAGCAGGAUUACCCCUCCAUCCCCACGCUGGUCCGUCUGCUCGGCAAACAUAACAUUAUUCCCGUCUUUGCCGUCACCAACCACUCCUACACUUACUACAAGAAACUCCAAACCUAUUUUCCCAUUGCUGAAGUGGGCCUGCUGCAAGAGGACUCCUCCAACAUCUUGCAAGUCAUGGAGAUGGCUUUUGAGAGUAUCCGUUCCAAGAUGAGCAUUCGUGCAGAAGACAGACCCAAAGCCUUUGAAGCUGAGUUCCUGUCCGCCAGUGGAAAGGUUGCCAAACACGGAGACUUUGCUUUUCGGCCUGGAGCCAUUGGCAAAUUCAAGAUGCGACUCAAAGCCCAUAGAAUGCUGGACGAUUCUCCGGUCUGUAAAAUGGAUGCGGAUGAGAAGUCGGGCCUCAUGAGAGUUAAACCUACGACCUUUAACGCCGCCAUGAAUGUUCAAGCCACCGUGCUCUGUCCAACUUGUGACUGUGAGAAGACUGCCGUCGCCAACGCGCCCAGAUGCCACGGCAACGGAGACCUUGUGUGUGGGAAGUGUCAAUGCCACGACGGCUGGUUGAGUACAUUCUGCAACUGUUCAGCUAGCGCUUCGGCCCUGGACACCCGUCUGUGUAUCGGUCCAGGAUCGACGGAACCUUGUUCGGGUCGCGGGGACUGCCGGGAGUGCGGAAGAUGUGUGUGCUACAACCCUGACCAGUUUGAAGGACCUUACUGCCAGUACGAUCGAACCCAGUGUCCGCGAUUCGGAGGCUUCCUCUGCAACGACCGUGGCUCCUGCAUUAUGGGCCGCUGUGUGUGUUCUGAUGGCUGGGAAGGAAAUGCCUGUGAGUGUCCCAAGAGCAACCAGACCUGUUUAGACAGCAAGGGGGGGGUGUGCAACGGGCGUGGUAAAUGUGUUUGCGGUCUCUGUGAGUGUCAAUCAUCUGGUCUUGAAAUGACGUCCACCUGCGAGCCCAAUUUCCAGGCUCAACUCGGUGUUUGUGAGGCCACACGGACUUGUGCUCAGUGCCAAGCUUGGAAGACAGGAGAGAGGAAGGACAAGAAGGAAUGUGACAAGUGUCCUUUCAGAAUCAUCAUGGUGGAUGAACUCAAAGAAGCGGACAAGGUGAUGGAAAAGUGCAGUUAUCGUGACGAGGAGGACGACUGCACAUACCACUACACUUUGGAAACCCCCCAAAAUCCAGACUCCAAAGACUUGGAGGUCCAAGUGCUCAAGAAGAAAGAUUGUCCAGCUGCCAGCCUCCUGUGGCUGCUCCCUCUCCUCUUGUUCCUCUUGUUACUGCUGGCACUUUUGUUGCUCUGCUGCUGGAAAUACUGCAAAUGCUGCAAAACCUGCUGCCAGAGCUGCCUUGCCCUGUUGCCUUGCUGUAAUAAAGGUCGCAUGGUUGGAUUCACGAAGGAUGACUAUCUUCUCCGCAAGUCUCUGCUCACCUCAGACCACCUGGACAUUCCAAUGGCGAGGACAGGCCCUCUGAAAGGGACAGAUGUCGUUCGCUGGAAGGUUACCGAUAAUGUGCACUGGCGUCCCAACCACCCUCAGGUUCUAGUCGAGCCCAACCCCAAAGAAACAAUUCAGUAUCCAAUCUCCCUGCGGCUUAACAGGCGCUUUUCGGAGAAUUUGUCUCGUCCUGAUUCCAAAGAUGCGGAGCAGCUUCGUAAAGAAGUUGCAGAUAAUCUUCAUGAGGUGUACAAGCACAUUCCUGGAGCCCAGAAAAUGCAGAAGACCUCAUUUAGAACACAGAGAAAUGCAGGCAAAAGGCAGGACUACACCAUCAUGGACACCGUCCUGUCCGCCCCUCGCAGCAGCUACCCUGAUAUUGUCAAGCUGACCGAGAGAAAUGUCCAGUCUGGACGCUUCAGCAACCUGAAAGUGUUGCCUGGCUACUACACGGUUGCAACAGAUAGAGAGGCGGCAGGUGCUAUCGAGUUCCAAGAAGAUGUGGAGUCGGUGGAUGUUCACGUGCCACUCUUUGUAAAGGAUGAAGAUGAUGACAAGAAGCAGCUCCUGGUGAAGGCCACAGAUGUGCCGCUGGGAAUUGCCCAAAUUGGAAAACGCUUGACGAACAUCACCAUCCUCAAAGAACAUGCUUCCAGUGUGUUCUCCUUCCUCCAGCCGGCCUACACGUACAGUCGACAGGACGGGGUGGCAAAUAUUCCAAUUAGUAGAGAGAUCAUUGAAGACGGACGCGCACAAGUCUCAUACCGUACACGAGAUCUCACAGCCAAGGAUAAAAAGGACUACGUGACUGUAGAUGGAGAUCUCACUUACGCUCCCGGUGAGACCCAAAAGAUCGUUCCGGUUCGUCUGCUGGAGCUCGGUGAGAAAGACGCGCUCCUGGAUGACAAACAGGUCAAACAGUUUGUCAUGGACCUGAGUAACCCGCGACAAGGCGCCAAGCUUGGCACCUACCCUCGAACUACGGUCACAAUUGCCGACCUACCAGAGCCCAGUGUGAUGAUGUUCAAGAAGGGCAGCCAGAGCUUCACGACAUCCGACCCAAAUUACACCAUCCCCGUGGUGCGCACUCGCAACCAGGACAGCCCCGCUACGGUGAAAUGGCGCACAAAGAAGGGCCAGCGCUUUGACCUCUCCGGCCUUCUCAAGUUUAACCCUGGAGAGACCGAGAAGAAUAUAGUGAUCGAUCCAAGGAGCCACCCUGCUCUGAGUCAACCUGACUCCUUCCAGCUGGAGCUAUUGGAGCCGAGUAGCAAUGCCGCAGUCGGCGAGAGGAAGACCACCGUUGUCAAUGUUGUAGAAGGAGUUCCAAGGUCUCCUGAGAUAGCCCAGAUGCAGCAAAAAGGGUUUAGCGGUCGCCUUCAUGCGCCAGGCAACCCGAAGGCCAAGGCAACUGGACCCAAAAGCAUCCGCCUCAACUGGGACCCACCGCCGGGUCACCCGAUGGGGUACAAGGUGAAGUAUUGGAUCUACGGUGACCCCGAGAAAGAUGCUCAGGUCUUAGAUGUCAAGACGCCUCAAGCCGAGCUGACCAACCUGUAUCCCUACUGUGACUAUGAGAUGCGAGUGUCCGCCUACAAUUCCUUUGGAGAUGGCACUGAAACGGACAUGAUUCCCUGCCAGACUUUGGAAGAUGUGCCUGGUGAACCGGGACGACUCGCCUUUAAUGUCAUAAGCCCAACAGUCACUCAGGUCAGUUGGGCGGAGCCUGCCGAGACGAACGGCAACAUCACAGCUUACGAGGUCAUCUACACACCUAUCGAUGAUGAUCUGAAGCAAGUCGGUGCGGCUAAGAAGGUGAAGAUAGACAGCCCAAAGAAGCGAAUGCUAUUGAUUGAGAAUCUGGUGAAUGCCCAGACCUAUCAGUACAAGGUCCGUGCCAAGAACGGCGUGGGUUGGGGCCCCUACAGAGACGCUACCAUCAACUUGGCAUCGCAACCCGCCAGACCUCUCUCCAUUCCCAUCAUUCCAGAUGUCCCGAUUGUGGAUGCCGAAGCAGGAGACGAGUAUGACAGUUAUCUGAUGUACAGCAACGAGGUGCUGAAGUCUCCUGCGGGCUCCAAGACACCCAGCGUUUCUGGUGAUGGCUGCCAAUAUGUCAAGUUGGUGGGGUCCAACCUGGAUCUCCGAAAGGUGUCGUGGACAAAUCGAGUGGACGUCAUCGCCGCCGACGGUCGACUCAGCACAGACACAGAGGCCAGCACGGAUGCGGGCCCAUAUUCCAGCUUCACACAAACACCCGCGCCAGAUUACAUGAUGAAUGGAAAAUGGGACCAGAACUUCCUCUUCCCGGGCGGCUCCGUCACACGCAACUUGUCUACAUCCUCUACUCCGAUGUCCACUAUGAACUCUCACUACAUGGGCGGCUCCUUCACCACCGAAACCACAAGCAACUACAUGCCGGGGAGCCCCCGUCGACCCGAUAUGAUGGGCGGAAUGCACACAACGGACGUCAUCAUGAGGAAGCGCUCGGAGAGGGGUUACGCAGACGAACACAUCAGGGACUCCAUCGUCAUGGGAGAUAUGUCGAGCAACUUUCCAGAUCUAGGUGUGUACGGCUUCAGCGGGUCACCGCAGAAUACUUCUCAGAACCAAUACGGCUACAGCCUGUCUCAGGGUCCCAGGGCCAGGACUCAGUCUUCCGAGGUCAACGAAGCUCUGUAUAAUUUGGACAGGGUGCUCCAGGAUGCGAGACUCUCUCCAGGCGUCCCAGACACCCCCAGCCGACUGGUGUUUUCAGCUCUGGGUCCUACGGCACUGAAAGUCAGCUGGCAGGCGCCCCACUGCCAGAAGGACAUCCUGGGUUACUGUGUGCUCUACCAGCCGCUCAAUGGAGGUGACGUGAACCGCAUCAACGUGACCAACCCGGCGGACAACUCUGUGAUUAUCCAGGAUCUUCUGCCCAACCAUUCUUACCUGUUUAAGGUGAAGGCUCAAAGCCAAGAAGGCUGGGGCCCCGAAAGAGAAGGCGUCAUCACCAUCGAGUCGGCCGUGGACCCCAAAAGUCCUUACAGUCCCAUGCCAGGCUCUCCUUUCACUCUGAGCACCCCGAGUGCACCGGGUCCCCUCGUCUUUACGGCUCUCAGCCCCGAUUCCUUGCAACUGAGUUGGGAGAAACCCAGGAAGCCAAACGGAGACAUUCUUGGCUACGUGGUCACCUGCGAGCAGCUUCACGGAGGAGGUGACACACGUUCCUUCCAGGUGAGCGGGGACGGCGCGGAGACCCGGCUGACCGUCCCCAACCUGACUGAGAACAUCCCCUACAAGUUCAAAGUUCAGGCUCAAACCACACAGGGCUACGGCCCGGAAAGGGAGGGCAUCAUCACCAUCGAGUCUCAGGACGGAGGCGCUUUGUCGCAGUACAAUAAUCAAUCCAUGACAAGGAGGGACGUUUUCAACAUGCCAAGUGACAUGAACACCAUGAGCAGCGUCUCUCGCACCAUGAUCGACGACCCGUACUUCUCAGCAGAUGGAAUGAUGAUGACCACGCAACACACAGAAAGCAGCGGCAUGAUGACCCGCCAAAUCACGAAGGAAGUAGUCCAGAGGAGCGUCAUGGGAGGGACCACCGUCACCAAGAAUAUGUUUUACGAGUCUUAAAGGACAGUAAGCUUUUCAUUUGGCCUCAAUUUGCAUUCGGACGCUCCAAAUAUGAUAUAAUAUGAGAUUCUCCUUU